AAUAUUUUUCGAGUAAUUCAAUUCGUCCCUUCACCUCCAUACAAAUUUCUAUUUUCGCGGUCCGCACAAGGCUGGCUGCAUUCAUCCCACCAUCACGACGUCUCUCUCACCUCUUCAACGUAUCUCUCUUUCUUAUCAACCCACUUUGUUCACCACAGCAGCAAGUUCUGCUUUUAUAAACAAAUACAACAAGAGCCUACUUAACUGUACGGUUCUAUUCAUAAAUCAAAAGAGGUCUUACGCAAAAAAGAAGAGCAGAAUGCCUCCCAAGAAAGUCGUCGAAGAGAAGAAGGCGUUACUGGGUAGACCUGGUAACAACUUGAAGAGUGGAAUUGUCGGUCUUGCAAAUGUCGGCAAGUCAACGCUCUUUCAAGCUAUUACCAAGUGCUCCCUUGGUAACCCCGCAGUAAGUCUCAGAGCCCCGAGUCGAUCAUAUGUAUCAACGUUAACAAUAUCAACAAACUUUCCUUUCGCAACCAUCGAUCCUGAAGAAUCUCGAGUUAUCGUUCCUGAUGACAGAUACGACUGGCUUUGCGAAAAGUACAACCCUAAGUCCAGAGUGCCAGCACAUCUUACAAUUUACGACAUCGCCGGUUUGACUCGAGGUGCAUCUAAGGGUGAAGGUCUUGGAAACGCAUUUUUGUCGCAUAUUCGUGCUGUCGAUGCCAUCUUUCAAGUCGUCCGUUGUUUCGAUGAUGCCGAGAUUAUCCACAUUGAGGGAGAUGUUGAUCCUGUCCGCGAUUUGACUAUCAUCAGUGAUGAGCUCCGUAUCAAGGAUAUCGAGUUCGUUGAGAAGGCACUCGAAGCUCAGAAGAAAUUGACUAGAAGGGGUGGUCAAUCACUUGAGAUGAAAAAGCUCAGAGAGGAGGAAGCCACUAUCGAAAAGGUUUUGGCUAUGCUCAACGAUGGAAAGGAUGUCCGAAAGGGUAACUGGUCACCGAAAGAGAUCGAGUGUAUCAACCCUCUCUUCCUUUUGACUGCCAAGCCAGUCGUUUACCUCAUUAAUUUGAGCGAGAAGGACUACAUCAGAAAGAAGAACAAGCAUUUGGCAAAGGUUAUGGAAUGGAUCAAGGAACACGCAGCCGGUGAUCCAAUCAUGCCAAUCUCCAUCUGCCUUGAGGAGAGAUUAACUCAAUUUGCGACUGAAGAAGAAGCCAAGGAAGAACUCAAGACCUUGGGUGUUGAAUCUGCUUUACCUAAGAUUAUCACCGCCAUGAGAAAGGUUUUGGACCUCGGAAGUUUCUUCACUACAGGUACAGAUGAAGUCCGUCAAUGGACUAUCAGAAAUGGUACCAAAGCACCACAAGCUGCAGGUGUCAUUCACGGUGACUUCGAAAAGACCUUCAUUCAAGCUAUCGUAUACAACUUUAAUGUGCUCAAGGAAUUCAAUGGAGAUGAAGCUGAGAUCAAGGCUAAGGGAAAGGUCAUGACUAAGGGCAAAGAUUACGUUGUUGAAGACGGAGAUAUCUUGUUGAUCAAGGCCGGUGCCGCAAAGGGCUAGAUAUACUAUAUCAAAAUACCAAUUCAAUGAAGUUAUGCCAGUUUUUCAGUCCUGCCUUCUUUAUUGCCAGCA